GUGCCGACGCCGUCGUGGCUCGACCCAGGGGCAGGCGAGAAGAAGAAGAAUGAGAAACGAUCACCAGCGGCGCCUAAGCAGACACCGAAGAAGGCAGCCAAGACCGAGUCCUCGGUCGACUCUCCUGAAUCCGAGGUGCCUCCUGAUGAGGGGAGUGCGGGGCCCGUUCCUAGCGAGGAUCCUGCUGCAGAGGCCCCCGAGGACGCGGCUGGCAAUGCUCCCGAGGCAGCGGCUGGAGAGGCUCCCGAGGAAGCGGCUGGCGAGACUCCCGAGGAAGCGGCUGGCGAGGCUGCAGGCGGAGAAGCUGCUGGCGAGGCUGGCGGGGAGACGGCUGGCGGGGAGACGGAUGCCAUGAAGGACGCGCCAGGCCACGCAAAGGGCUCCUUCACGCUGAACGGCAAGAAGUACGACGUGGGCUGCAAGAAGAGGACGGGCCACAUGGGCAUCUCGAUCCGCAUGGCGGGCGAGUCCAAGUGGAGCCAGAUCACGCAGGUGCGCGACAACAUGUGGGGGGAUCGCUGCAUGGACAUCAUGAAAUGCGAGGGUGACAGGUCGGUGUGCACCGCGAUGGCUGCGAACCACGUUGUGCACCAGGUAUCGGUUGACAAGGCCACGUCGCGCUCCGAGGGCGAGGCUUCGAGGGGCAAGAUUCUGGCGAAGAUCGGGAUUGGCAAAGGCUCGAAGAAAGCCACGAAGAAGGACAAGAGCGCCGCGCAGGGCGGCGCCAG